AUGCUCUUUUGCGCAACACUCUUGCUCUUCCAGAGCUUCAUCCAUGCUCAGUCUACCCCUUCCGCGAUUCAGGUGGUGACGGUAGGACAGAAUGGGCUGCUAGCGUACAGCCCGGAUACAAUCACGGCUGCUGUGGGUUCCAAUGUCGAGUUUCAAUUCUAUGGUCCAGUGCAUUCGGUCGUCCAGGGGUCAUUCGAUCAACCAUGCUCAGCAUACAAUAAUGGAACCGGGUUUUUUGGUGGUCUAGUUACAACAGGCACUGCCCCAAAUCCAAAAACUUUCACCCUUACUAUUAACGACACAACACCCAUUUGGUUUUAUUGUGCUUACCCGGGCCACUGCCAGGCAGGCAUGGUUGGUGUAAUCAACCCAUCCUCCAACACAUCCGAAUCCCUCGCCAUCUUCAAAACCAACGCCGCCAACACCUUGAACACCACCACUCCUGCGCAACAACAGGGCGGCGUCUUUGGGCCCUUCAUAGCUACCACCAACAGUUCUCUUGCCACCCCCUCUACGUCUUCUACUAGCCCCACCAUCGCUACUAGCUCUACGACCUCCACCACGAGCGCGAAGCCAUCUACCGGCAACGCAAGCCAGAGACAAGGCGAAUUUGCUGUGCUGGGCGGUCUUGCCAUAGCGGCGGCCGUGUUGAUAAUGUAACUGUUUUCUAAUUCAGGGCACUUCACAAAGCAAAUGCUGUAGUGCUAUUCAUUGA